GUUGUAUAGAAACUAAUGUUAGGAUAAUUAAGAAAAUAUAUGUGGUACAUAAAGAAGAUAACCUUUGAACCAACAAGAAACAGAGGAACACAAUAAUGGCCUCUCGUUUCUUCACACCUUCACCAACCACCACAAGUGGUGGUGGAGACGCCGUCUAUGUAGCGGCGGUGCCACUUAAAGCGGCUCCUGGCCCGCCCCAGCUUGUUAUGUCAAUGGCUUACUCACUUAAUCUCUGGAAGCUACAGCAUUUCAUGGUCCUCAUCAAGCCUUCUUCUCCAAUUCCUCGAGAGGUGAUUGUGUUUGAUUUCCAGCCACGUAAUCCAGAGAGCAUAGAAGCAGCAAUCUCAGUUAUGUCAGGAAGUUUGAUUCCAGGUGUAGUUCUUGAAAGAAGGUUGAAGAAUGUUCCAAGGCAAAGAUGUUGGAUGGUUGGAUCAUCAUCUAAAGGGAAUGCUAUGGAAAUGGCUAUUGAGUUUAAUAGCUCAUGGGAGACUGAUCUUAGAGUUGGCUUUCAUGACUGUCGACAUUAUACCAAUGGUACUAUGUAUUAUUACAUAGCUCAAUCUAAUAAGACUUUGGUUUUUUUAUUUGUUUCUAAGUCUUUGUCUUUGCUUAUUUGUCUUUGGAAAACAGAACUUGUCCAACAUCUUACUGGAGAGAUACAAAUCUUGGAGAGACUCUCAAGAAGCUAAUAUGUUAAUAGUAUAGUCUCAUCAAUUCCUGAUGUGAUAACUAGUAGUUGAAAAUAAAGUUACAUUUGUAGUAUGUUUAUUAGUGAGAAAGGAUGAGUACUUUUGUAUAAAAUUUAUUUUUUCAAGUAACUAUUGAAAUUUUCUUAA